CAUCAGAGGAUGCUCACGCACGUGUGCGCUUCAUCAUCACAGUCUGAAAUAUUAGCGCGCGCGCGCCCUUACCAAACAAACUCAAAUUCAUGCAAACACAGACGACGGAACGGUCACUCGCUGCUUGAGAAAAAAAACUGUGUUGUUGAGUUCCCGCCCAGAAUGUGAGGGAAUGUUGAGGAAAGGAGCGUUUGGAGUUUAGAAUCAGGACUCGCAGGUGAAUAAUUUUCAUUAAUAAUCUGACAGCACUUUUAGUCACGUCCAAAACUUGAAUGUAGUUAAAAAGCCGGAUGUAAAGCGUUUGGAUUUCGGGAAAGCGAAGCAAUUGCUUUUGAAGGAUAAAUAAUUCCACACGUCUGAUCGUAAAGUACAUGUUGGACGCUUUUCAUCUUUAAACUUUUAAAGGUUUAUUAACUAACCAGGAACCCAAGAUGUAGGUGCAUCUCUCGAGAGAAAUAACGGGAAUCAUAAUGUGUGAAGUGGUGGAUUCCUUUUCCAUCUUUCUCACUGGAAGGUGCUCAUAGACGCCAUCUGCUGUUCAAAAAAGUGGUCACAGAGACUGUGUGGAAAAUGGAUGGUGAGGUUGAACCUGGAAUGAAUGAUGUUAUAGUUAGCCAUUAUAACCACUCGGGCAAGUGGGGAAGACCAAAUACCACCGGUACGUACAAGACAGUCUUCCCUAUUUGCAUCUGCGCCCUGAUCGUGUUGGAAAACAUCACUGUACUACUGGCACUAUGGCGCAACAAGCGCUUCCACAGCCGCAUGUACUUUCUCAUCGGCAAUCUAGCACUUUCGGACUUGUUAGCUGGGGUGGCGUACAUGGUUAACAUCUUCACCUCUGGCCGCAAUACAUUUUUCCUCAGUCCUGGCCAGUGGCUGCUGCGAGAGGGGAGCAUGUUUGUGGCACUUAGCGCUUCGACCUUCAGCUUGCUCGCUAUUGGAAUCGAGCGCCACAUGACCAUGGUUCGUUUACGGCCGUGUGAGACCGCAGGAAGGGGGAGGUUGCUAGCUUUACUGGGAGCUUGCUGGGCUGUUUCGGUCCUGCUGAGUGCUUUGCCUAGUCUCGGCUGGAACUGUUUGGGACGAGUCCACACUUGCUCCACUGUCUUACCACUGUACGACAAAAGCUACAUUGCCUUCUGCAUCAGCGUCUUCACAGCCCUACUAGCAGCAAUCGUGGUGCUAUACGUGCGCAUCUACCUGCUGGUGACGUCUAGCGGGCGUAGAGUGAGUUCCAGGCCAUCGGAACGCUCGCUCGCACUCCUGCGCACGGUAGUAAUAGUACUGGGAGUUUUUGUGGCCUGUUGGGCUCCCCUUUUUCUGCUACUGCUUCUGGAUGUGGGAUGCAGUCCGGAGCGGUGCCCGAUUCUCCACAAGGUGGACUGGUUCAUCGCUCUGGCUGUGCUCAACUCUGCCCUCAACCCACUUAUCUACACGCUUUCCAGCCGUGAGAUGCGGGCUGCGUUCCUCCGUGUGCUGUGCUGCUGUUGCUAUCCAGCACAGCUGGACUCUAUGCCCACGGGGGCAGGGACGACAAUCCCGGGAAUCGUCAUUCCCACCACAGAGAACACCAAAUCAAGCAUGGCCGGGGCCCCAAGCGGAGCAGCCAAGUCCUCCCUGAUGCGAAGUAAAGUUCCCACCCCAUCAAACUCCCACCAUCAACAUGGGGACACGUCGCCACCAACCGUCACGCACCCCUCGGGGCCAGGUGACCUACUAUCUGCAGUGUUGGUUAAAGCUGGGGCGCUUCCUUCUUUGGGAAAGUUUUGAAAAAGACUACAAGAGUCAGCACAAAAGAGCAGGAUUUUCUUAUUUCCCAUGAUGUUUGGCAACGAUUGCUUGCAAUUAUAGAGUGUUCUUCCGCUCUUGGAGGAUUACAAAACCUGGAUUUGCUUUCAAACAAAGGACAUCCAUUGAUGAUGAGAUUUCAAAGGGACUACAAACUCAAUCAAAGUGCGAUUGAACCAAUGCUGAAUGCUGACCAAAGGAUACACAAACUGAAUUUACUUCUACAUGUAUUAAUAUUUAUGAAACUGAGCAUGUGCUAUAAGCACAUAACCUAGAGCCACUACAGAAUGUAAUCACUCGAGAAGCUUAGGUGUGCAAUUUUUAAAUCAAAAUAAUGCAAUUUGCAUGAAGGAAAACACGUUAACAGUAUUAUAUGCAUUAUUAUAGCACUCUGUGUGUACGACUGACCUUUAACAUUUUCCCACAGUUUAUUACUAGACAAAAACAUCUUGAAUAGUUUGCUAUUCUUACCUAUUACACAAGCUGUAAUACACUUUACACAUAACAAAUUGAGUGUUUUAAAGAAGACUGUGGAUGUUUACGGUUAAUAUUCUGUGGAAUGGUUUACAUGCCAGAAUGUAAGAUGAGAUGGUUUCGUUGUGAAUGUGUUGAAAUUUUGAUUGUUUUGCGCAAUGGUUUUUGCUAACUGACAUAAAACUGCCAUAAAAUAUAAAGUGUGAUUAUAAUAUGUCAGUGUGAAGAAAAACGAGAUGGUCCUCACUGUAGAAUACAAGAUCCAGGGGGCGAGUUUGGAUCCAGAUCCAACUCCUUCCACCUACCCAUCUCCACCCCCUGGACCUUGUGUAUGGCAGUGAGGGGCUACUAGGGAAAAACAGGCAUCUUAUGUUGGGAUUACCUUGUCUGUGCUGCUUUUAUUCGCAUGUAACCACUAGAGGGCACUGUGGCAUUACAUUAAAAUUGACUGCACCACAGAGCAAUAGUGAAAGCAAUGAACAAACACAUUUUGCCCAUGAACGCAGUCCGAGCCCUAUUAUUUAGCCACUUGGUAGAUGCACCAUAAUAGCCUAAUAAUAAAUGGAUUUGCCAGUGAAAAAUCAUGAUCAGUGACACCAAUCCUUGAGCCAUAGAGCAUAUACAAACCACAGCUGUGCAUACAUGUGCUAGUUCAGUUCUCUUAAAGGGAUAUUGUUGGUUCAGUAUUGUUAAUAUAUAUUGUCAGAUAUUGUUAAAUUCAGCUGUCGGCACUUAAAAUGGGGAGAUGAAUCGGGCCAAUCCGUGAACAUUAGAUGUUAACAUGAUGUUUUUUUCCUGGUAAUUAACAUUAUGCCACAAAUGCUGUUAAUCAAGCUCAACUACUCAACCAGGAAGAUUCCUUGAAUUCUACCAAUUAGUUAUCGGUUAGUCAUACUUGAUUUAAUUAGAUAAAAGGCAGGAAUGGCGAAGAGUCUACGGUUUCUUGCAUUGUUUGAACAAAAAGAGAGGUCAACAUGAGUUUUUCUUCACAUCGAGAACACUGCGAGAACGAGUGACAUUUUGUUGAAGAAUGGUUUUUAUAGCAUUUGACAAGUGUGACAUUUCAAGUAAUUUACCAUCCUAAGCUGUAGAUGAGCGCUCUCUCUCUCUCUCUCUCUCCAUCACAGUGAUCUUUGCAGUCAGGUUGAGGGAAAAAAUAGAAUGUUAAACAAAUCGAACUCGUUUACAAGGCCUAAGCCGUUUCCUUGGUAAAAUCAUGUCUGGUGGCAUCCCGUAGCUAAAAAUUCAAUGACAUUCAGUAUCACAGAAUUCAUUUAUCAAGAGAUUUCACACCAGACGAUUGAAGUGCCAUUAAGAAUCGACAUCAACAAACAACGACGGCUAACGCGUGAUGUGUAACCUUGAGCAAAAACACACAGCAACCCUCAACGCAUGACAACAAGCCUUAUACAAAAGACUUUGAAAUAAGCGCACACCACAUAGAGAACAUUAAUCCUUUAAAGUGAGGUGUUACACACUUGCCACACACAAUAUGCCUCUACACCUCAUGUAAUGAAUGGCUCUUUGCUACAAUGGAUCAAAGCACGGACCACUGAGCUAUUGUGGACGGCUACUAUUGAGAAUAUUCAUUUGUCUGUGUGCUUGUCAGAGCUGAGGGGAGUCUCUGUGGCUGAAUACAUGAGACUGGCACAUUGCUUGGCCCAGCACUCAGUGUGAACAAUGCCUCCAUCUGGACCAGCGACUCAGGAUGUGCCAAUGCGAGAGCACUCAAUUGAUUUUCUCCCAUACGGGGACCAGGGGUCACAUUUAACAAGCUUUCAAGGGUUGAUGGAGGUAGAAGGUGUUUGUGCGUAUGGGAAAUGUGUGAGGAACAAGAUCUAGAAGCGAUAAUGAUGUCCUUGGUGCACUUCUGGUCAAGGUUUGGUAUUGGACCUCCUCAUUAGUCAGAGACCAGGCUUACUAGCCCAACACCUGAGAUUGGGAUUGGUGUAAACCAUUCAUCAGUAGCUAGAACACUGG